AAAAUAAGAUCAGUAAUAUAAUAAAUGACGGGAGUGUUUUGGGUAGGGCACAAAUGGACCACAUUUCCCACGAUGCCUUUCGGCCGUGACGAACAGACCGGGAGGAGCUUUCGUGUUUUUUUUUUUGACUCUCCAUAUUUUUUAUUUACCAUAUUUAUUUAUUUAUUUGAUCGUCGCGAGCAGGGUCGGAGUGCGAUGUCGUCAGGAGACGCGCGCGCUGCUCUGGGACAGUAGCAGACGGAUGUUAUAUUCAUUCACGCGCAGCAGAAGAGCACAAUAGGAAGAGCGAACAAAAGAGUCGCUCGCCCGUGUGCGCUGUUCUCUCUCUCAGUGGACUCACACGCGCCGGGACCCCGGGCCUCUGGGUCUCAGAAGAGCUCGUGGGGUCUCGGUCAUCGGUGUUUAAACGAGUCACUCAUGUGAACCUGUGAUCAGAGCAGCAGAGCUAAGCGGAGACACACGGAAGCGCGCGUGCUCGCUCUCAUUGUGUGCAUCUGUCGCAAGGAAACAUCAAUCUGAUGCUCGAUCAGGGAGUAUGCGCCUCCACACGAGCAGAGCAACUCCAACAGUUCGAUCUUCCAGACAGUGAAAAGAAGAGAGCGGUGCGUGAGCUGAACACGCUGUGUGUCGUGUUGUUCUCAGUUGAAUGCAGAGGGGAUGUCUGGCAGUAAGGUGCUGGGGGGCGCGCGGCGGCGGCGGACACGGUGCCGGCGCUGUCAGGCCUGUCUGCGGACCGAGUGCGGAGAGUGCCACUUCUGCAAGGACAUGAAGAAGUUCGGUGGGCCGGGCCGGAUGAAGCAGUCCUGUCUGCUCCGGCAGUGCACUGCGCCGGUGCUGCCGCACACAGCCGUGUGUUUCACAUGCGGUGAAGCAGGGAAGGAGGACACGGUGGAGUCGGAGGAGGAGAAGUUCAGCCUCUCGCUCAUGGAGUGCACCAUCUGUAACGAGAUCAUCCACCCCAGCUGCCUCAAGAUGGGCAAGUCUGAAGGCAUUAUUAAUGAUGAGAUCCCAAACUGCUGGGAAUGUCCAAAGUGCCACAAGGAAGGAAAGACCAGUAAGGAUCCAGGAGAUGGUUCAGGAAAGAGGCGCAUGGACAACGGGGAGGUGAGCCGCUGGAAGCUGACGGACGAGACGCCUCCCAGUAAGAAGAAGAGCCUGUCUCUGGACGACUCGACGCGGCCGGACGGAGCCAAGCGCAGGAAGGACAAGGAGCUUCCUCAGGAGAGCGGGUCCAGAAAGAAGAUCAAAGGUGCCCGUGAUAAACACCUGAAGAAGCAGAAAGCCAAACCGAACUCCUCGGAUUCUUCUGAAGCGAACGGGCCCAACUCUUCGCUGGCUGGUGGACACAGCUCUGCUGGAGGCUCGGGCGCGGCGCAGCCCUCGACCCUGAGCCAGGACCAGCGCUCGCAUCACCGCGAGAAGCUCGAGCGCUUCAAACGCAUGUGUCAGCUUCUGGAGCGAGUGCGGGACUCCAGCUCCUCGUCCUCCUCCAGCUCCGAAAGCGACUCGGAGUCGGACUCAGACUCACCGUCUCCUGUCGCCGCCUCAGAAGCUUCCUCUCCAGCGGCCGGAUACGGCAACAGCAGCGUCCGCGAGCGAGAGCGGAGCCGGCGUCUGGCCGAGCUGGGCUUCAGUGCCAGUGAGGAUUCAGAUGGUGAGAGCGUAGCAGCAGAACAUGAGCAGGACAGCGUGGACGAGCCGCAGCGCCGCAGAGGAGACGCGAGUAGCAGGCUGCGCAGAGCGGCCGUGGACACUGAAGCAGAUGACGAUGAGGAUCGGGGUCACCCAUCCUCACCGCUGUCAGCUACGCAGCUGCCGCCCUUCGGACACGGACACUUGGCGGGACCCGAAGGCCUGUCCUCAUCCAAGCGCACUAACGGACAGGACGCGCGUAACGGCCGCACGCGGGUGACUGGCAGAGAGGUGCAAGAGAAGGAGAACUCCAACAGCAGUACUGUAACCAAUCACCGGCACGCCGCCGGAAAGGCUGUUCGUGGGAGCAAAAUCCGAGGAGGAAGCCGGCAGAACAUUCCCUCAAACAAGAGCGCAGGUACAGCAACAGCCGGCUCUGGUGCUGCGAACGGCAACACUGCCACCUGUAACCCGGUCGGCGUCUCUCUGGCUCCGCAUCGCUCGCAGCAGUCGCGCUCGCAGCUGGUCAAGAGGAGCGCUGUGGCCGUGCCCUCGCCGCCGCGGCCCCUGCAGAUGGAGCGGCACCUGGUGCGACCGCCGCCGGCCUGCCCCGAGCCACACUGCCUGCCGCUGGACAGCGGCGCGUCUCACGUGCUGCCGAGGGAGGUCUGGCUCCGCGUCUUCCAGCAUCUCAAUCAGCGGCAGCUGUGUGUCUGCAUGCGUGUGUGCCGCACCUGGAGCCGCUGGUGCUGUGAUAACAGGUUAUGGACUCAGAUCGAUCUGAGCCGCCAGCGCUCCAUAACUCCUCCCAUGCUGAGCAGUAUCAUCCGCCGACAGCCCGUGUCUCUCAACCUGGGCUACACCAACAUCUCCAAGAAACAGCUCAUGUGGCUCAUUAACCGUCUGCAAGGGCUGCUGGAGCUGAACGUGGCGGGCUGCUCGUGGGCCUCGGUCUCAGCGCUCUGUCAGUCUGUGUGUCCCUGUCUGCGGCUGCUGGACCUCAGCUGGGUGGAGGAUCUGAAGGACUCGCAUCUGAAAGAGCUGCUGGCUCCACCGACCAACGACACGCGCACAGCUCAUGGAGAGAACCGAGGCGGACGCUUCCAGAACGUGACCGAGCUGCGGCUGGCGGGCCUGGAGGUGACUGACGCCGUGUCGCGCCUGCUAGUGCGCUAUCUUCCUCACCUGACCAAGCUUGACCUCAGCCAGUGCUGCCACAUCACAGACCAGACCAUCCACACGCUGACCUCUCCCCUGUCCCCGCUCCGAGAGAGCCUCACGCACGUCAGCCUGGCAGGCUGUGUGAAGGUGACGGAGCAGUGUCUGCCGCUGCUGCGCCGCUGCGCCUCGCUGCAGAGUGUGGACCUGCGCUCCUGCGGCCUGCUCGCUCCAGACGUCUGCCAGCUGCACUGCUUCCCCUCGGCCGAAGACAGACUCCUGCUCAAGAACAGCUAAAGGCUCCUGCUCACCCACAACACUACCGCAAGAGACUCGCAACAGUGUCAAUGGAAAGAACAUUUGUAAAUCAGAGACUCUUUGCUGUUUUUUUGUUCUGUUUCUGUUUUAUUUCUGGAUCUACCAUUCGUGAAUGGAGAAAUCAGUUCCACAUAGAUAUUCCGUACCAGUAAUGAGUGUGUGUACAGAUUAGUAGUUUGCUGUAAAUGCCCCUCCUGACCCCAGCACAGCUCUGUCCCGAUGCAGAAUGUAUCCUACUCUGGAGAGGUCAUCUCAAACACAGGAGAAGUGUUCACCCCCGAAUCAAAACAGAUUUGACUUGUUUGUCUUCUUAGCAUAAAUAAAAUAAAGCCCACUUUGGGACCGUUAAGACUUUUUCUGCAUUAUGACAUGAUUUCAUUCCCAGUCGGCACAUUUAACCCCCAGUCCCUAUGAAUCCUCAACAACAUUUCACACUAGAUUUGAGAGGUUCAGAAUCAGGAGGAAAAGUGCUUAAAAAUCUUUCUGGUCCUAAAAUCAGGCUUGGCUUUGAUUUUGGGGUGGCGUGUCCCAGACGUGUUUUACGUGUUUCCUGAGACUCGCUGACCAUGGAGGAUCAGUUUUUGGAGGUGUGAACAGUGUUAAGGGUUGGGUGAUGGCUCUGAUGGUGUGCUCGGUGUUCCCUUCUCUUCACUCGUGCCAUACGCUGACUGUCCCGUGUCCUUCCCCUCUUCAUUCCUGCAGGGCACGGAUCUACGCUUCACGCUAGGCUCCAGUAGCUGCUCUGAGCUGCUCAGCUCUGUCUUAUAUAAUGUUGCUGUAGAUUCCUGCAGAGGUUCGGCUUGCGUUGAUCACAUAUCGGUUGGAUUGGUUUGCAGUCGUUCGGUCGGGUCGUUAAAGCAGCUCACCUUUACACCCGGCAUGGUCCGAGCUCAGAUAUGGAGAAAAAUCUCGCUGUUAGGAAACGGGGAAGAAAAAUGCUUUGUGGCCAAUUCAUUUGAAAACGUAUUAGAGAAUGAAACAGUUGGUGUGUCCGUCCAUAUUCAGUGUUAUCACACUGUUAACCACACAUAUUCUGCAUACGCAUUCUUCUCACCUGCCAUCCUGGCUUUUAAUGGUUCUCUGAACAUCGCUUUGAGCAGGAAGGGUCUCGCUAGGCUUUAACAGUCGUGACUCGUGGGAAGCUCCUCACAUGUUCCCGACUGAAGUCGUCAUCAUCAGUUCCGUCUUCUCUGUUGAACUAUUGAACAGGCCUCUACCAGGGAGCCUCGAAAACAACUUUCCUUCAUCGUUCGGUGAGCUCUGCAGCUGCUUUCCUCCAGAAUGCGAUGCAUGUCGACACCUUUCACUGACUGUAUUCCUUGCACACUUUUAUUCAGUAUUGGGUCCAAUACAUGGCAGUUUAAAGUGUUUGAUGGCAGUAGACAAACAGCGUCUCUUUAAAGUGACCCCGACAAUGUAGUUGCUAUGUUCUUUUGUUUUUUUUUAUGUUGUUGUUUUUAGAUUUCAAGUUUGGCGCGGUUUGCAUUUAAAAGACGUUCUUGCACAUUGGGAAAUACCUGUGUGCAGUUUAUAGUUGCAUAUCAAACACUGAGUUGUUGAUCAUUUCUGGAAUCAGUACGAAGAAUUCAAGUUGAAAAAAUUGACUAGGUUUUCAAUACAGUUCCUCUUUCAUCUGACCAUGUUUUUUUGCAGAUUCAUAGCCCACCAAACGUAAUUGCCAUGUAUGAACCAAACAUACACCCUGUUGAAUGCACAGGGCUGAAAUCAUGUUAUUGUAAUAUCUUGCCAAAAUUUCUUGUUUUGGGUGUUCAUAUAUAAAUAUAUAUAUUUCCUCCUUUGCAUUGAUCCAUGUGAUAGAAUAUGUGAAACUAUGGGGAAAAAAACCAAGGCAGCUACUGUAAGAGUGACUACUGUAAAAUGUCUUAUUAAAUAAAGACAAUGGGGGUUGUUUUUAUUUGCUUUGCUUUUCUGUCCUCAAUGUGCUGCAAACACUACUGAAAUACUUGAGAGUCCUGCCAACUGAAAAAAAAUGUAAUUUUCAGGGCUCAACAGUGUGAGGAUUUCACUUGCAUUUCCGAGAGAAAACUACUGUUGCAGAUGCAGUGAGUAAAUUGGGCACACCAUGUUGAACUUAAUAUAUACCAUCUGAAUAAAAACUCCCUAAUGCCAA